ACAAAAACAGCUGCUCGAUAUUUCAACCUAAUUUAUGGGAAAUGUUGAGGUUAGUGUGGUUGCGUAGUACAAUAAAAAGUAUUUUUCAGAAUGAGUAAUUUUUUAAAUAUCACCGUAAAUACAACUGCAAAUAUAUUUCGUAAUAGUACACACCGCUUACUACAUCGCGCACCACUCUUGGCACAAUCACUAAAUAAGGCAACCGCUCCAAAAGCUUUAUCAUUCUUCAGCAAACCAAAAAGUGUAAUUUUAAGAGCACCGGUACGAAAUCGUUGUUCCCCAGCCUAUGAUGUGAACACGAACGUCACCAAGGAUGUGAUACUCUUUAAAUAUGAGAACCCCAGGUACUACAAUGUGCUGAACAUUUUUGCCCUGUGUCAGUUUGUUUUCUGGACGUAUCUGUCACAUUUUGCGUUUACAACACUCAAAGAUGCGCCUGUACUGGAAUUACCUGAAGACGAAUUAGCAUGGUAUCAACGUAUAAAUCUUGGAGAAAAUAAAUAUAGGAACGGCAUUACCACAUUCUGUUUUCUAAUAGGGUACGGAAUCCUCUGUGCUGCCUGGUUGUUCACGUUACGUUCUGUGCGUUACCUUAUUCUUCGGAAAGGUGGAAAGGACGUUGCAUUUGUAACAUAUGGCCCUUUCAACAAAAACCGCAUAUUGCAGGUACCACUGAAAUAUGUUUCAGCUCAGGAGUCACGCGAUUUAGCACGCUCCCAACUACCCAUCAAAGUGAAAAAUCGUGUUCUUUAUUAUGUACUUGACAUGCGUGGGGAGUUUCGAAAUCCAAAGUUAUUUGAUCAUACCGCAGGCUUGAAGCGACGUAUUGAUUAAAAACAUGUGCUGCUAGUUUUACUGCUUAGUUAAUAAAAGUGUUUAUUUACUCAUAUUCAGUACGUUAAUUACUUAGGAGCGAACUUAUUGAUAUACAGGUUGAUGAUAUUAGGCUUGGAAAUUAGUAAACUGGUUCAGGCUGUUGUGUGAUUAAUAAUCCAAAACGUUUCUUUAUAGUCAAACGUUGGCGCGAGUAUUUAUCUUCUGGCGAGAAACGAGCUGGAUGAGCAGAAAUUGUUGGGUGUCCAUCUUCAGUGCGUUUCUAUUUAAAAAAUUAAACUCUUAGUUUUUGUACAUACAUGUGUUAAAUAUAAUAUAUCUUGCCUUCAAUGUGUAGACGCGUUCUCCUUUUUCAUUCAAUGUGUACAUAAGAUACAUUUUAUUAAAAAAUUUUAAAAUAAAGUAAACGAUGCGAUUUAUUUAUUUCACACGUGUUUUGCACAGCUCCUCAAUGAGAAA